UGAGUGCAGCAACACACGCAUCUAGGCUACAGAGCGUCAACAACAGUUUGAAUCUUAAAUCCGUAAAUCAGGGAGCUGUAAGAAGGUAUAUGAUCAGACUCUUUCUGAUGGUAUAUGGGCGGAUCUGCGCGUUCAUGGCUCCAGGUCACACUUUCUCCAGCCAGCAGUGCAUGAAGACGAGUCCCUCCUGGCUGUUAACCGACCAUAACCCUCCCAGCGACGACGUUAAGUGAUGAAAAAUGUGCACCGAUGACAAUUUCAACAGCUUUAAAUGGAGAACUUGACAGCGUGUUUUAACACAUGCAGGGUCCACUGGGCAUGCUCCAUCUGAUCUGAGAGGAGAACUGGGCACGGUGUGAAUAACAGGCAGUUUGGGCGUUUUUGAGGAGGUUUGCCCCCCUUUCAUCUCCGGCUUUCUUUUUCUUUAACUACGCAGCUCAGAAAACAGCAUUUUCCUCCCUUCAAACAGACUGUGUGUGUUUUCUUCUCAGCUAUGCAUGAAGGAAAGGGAAAGUUCCUGAACAGGAGAGCAUCUCUGUGCUGAGACAAAGAGCUGCUCCACAGUGUGUCGUUAAACGCAGAGAGGGAGCGGGCUGAGCGUCGGUGUGAAGUAGGUGAGUCUGUAGGCAGCAACAGAGGAGGGAGUGAAAGCAGCGCCGAGUCUCCAUCAGGAGCUGCCGGACAGGCGCUGUCCGCUCAGCACCACCGCAGUCACCUUGCUGUGAAAGUCACAAACCUACUCAGGACUGAUCUGAUCAAUUACCGCAACUUGGGAGUCCAAUGAGCUGGAUUUAUUCUGCUGUCGGGUGGGGGGGAUUUGUCAGCGUUUGUCCCUUUAUCACGACAUCUUGGAUUUACAGACGAUGUGACGUCCAUUCCUAAUGUAAUGCCAUUGGCUGCAAUCAUUUUGGAUUUCGAUUAGAUACCCUCCAGUGAGUCUGGCAGCUAUAAGCGUUAAUGAUCCUCCAGUUGCAUGCCAGGUGCUUGUUGAAAACACAGGGUUUAGAGUGAAUGUAGCCUACUGCGUGUCAAGCAGCCCCGAUUUCUUUCAUAGUUGGUGAUAAACGACAGGUUGUUUUGUGCGCUGCUUCCUUUAUGUAAUUAUUUCCUUCAGUGUAAUCAGUGCUGUGCAUGGUUGCACGGGGCGCCUAGACUUGCCUUUGCGAUGAAGGGAACUUAUUGGAGAAAUGCCUAAGGGACGCAAUGGGCCUGAGCGACGACAAGGAUCGCAUUGUGAUAAACGUGGGAGGGAUCAGACAUCAGACAUACCGCAGCACCCUGCGCACUCUACCUGGCACUCGCUUGUCCUGGUUGGCCGAGCCUGAUGCACCCAACCACUUUGACUAUGAUGCCAAGAUUGAGGAAUUUUUCUUCGACCGCCACCCUGGCGUGUUUGCACAUAUCCUCAAUUACUACAGGACAGGUAAACUGCACUGCCCGGCUGAUGUCUGCGGACCCCUCUAUGAGGAGGAACUGGCCUUCUGGGGCAUUGAUGAGACAGACGUGGAGCCAUGCUGCUGGAUGACCUAUCGUCAGCACCGGGAGGCAGAGGAGGCCCUUGAUAGUUUCGGCGGGGGGGGCCUGUUAGACCUGGUGAACGAUGAUGCGGAGCCGGAGCUGGAGCAUGCUGCCGAGGAUGAUGUGGAUGAAAUGACAAGGAGGCUGGCGCAGGGAGACACUCAUGAUGCCAGGAGUGGAAGCCUGUGGAGCCGGUGGCAGAAACAUGUCUGGGCUCUGUUUGAGGACCCUUACUCCACUAAAUAUGCAAGGUGGGUUGCUCUGGCCUCGCUGUUCUUCAUUCUGGUGUCCAUCACCACCUUCUGUCUGGAGACCCACGAGGCCUUCAACCCCAUCAUCAACCGCACAGAGGUAGAGGUGGUGGACAAUGUCACAGUGGUGCGCACCUACCAGGAGACUGAGACUGCGCUUUACCUCACCUACAUUGAAGGCGUGUGUGUGGUGUGGUUCACUUUUGAAUUUCUAAUGCGAAUAACUUUCUGCCCGAAUAAAUGUGACUUCAUUCGGAACGCCCUGAACAUCAUCGACUUUGUGGCCAUCCUGCCCUUCUACCUGGAGGUCGGCCUCAGCGGGCUCUCCUCCAAGGCAGCUAAGGACGUGCUGGGUUUUCUGAGGGUUGUCCGCUUUGUGCGGAUCCUGCGUAUCUUCAAGCUGACCCGUCACUUUGUGGGACUGAGGGUGCUGGGUCACACAUUGAGGGCCAGCACCAACGAGUUCCUGCUUCUCAUCAUCUUCCUCGCCCUCGGUGUCCUCAUCUUUGCUACUAUGAUCUACUACGCUGAACGGAUUGGAGCUAACCCCAACGACCCUCGAGCCAGUGAUCACACACACUUCAAGAACAUCCCGAUUGGAUUCUGGUGGGCUGUGGUGACCAUGACGACCCUCGGCUAUGGAGACAUGUACCCUCAGACGACCUCUGGUAUGCUGGUCGGAGCCCUGUGUGCCCUGGCAGGUGUGCUGACCAUCGCCAUGCCCGUCCCUGUGAUUGUCAACAACUUUGGAAUGUAUUACUCUCUGGCCAUGGCAAAACAGAAACUACCAAAGAAAAAGAAUAAGCAUAUCCCUCGGGCACCCCAGCCAGGUUCUCCAAACUUCUGUAAGUCAAGCAUGAGCUCCCAACAACCAAGCCCCAUACCCCAUGACGACGUUUUCGAGAUAAAGUUUCAAGAUUCCAAGCUAAACGGUGAAGCAGCUAACGCAGCGCUGGCCAACGAAGAUUGCCCUCAUAUAGACCAGGCCAUAUCUCCAGAGGAAAUCUUCAGCCCCAACGAGAGAGAGCGGCCCUGCUUCCUAGUCACCACUGCUGAACGCCCCAACCACACAGGGGGCAGAGUGAGGAGGGGUUAUGAAAAGCCUUGGAGCCUUAACAGCAUGUCUGGCAUGAGCGGGGAUGCCUCUGGAGUGUCCUCAGUGUCCGCCCUGCCCUGCAGCCCACCUUGUCUAAUGCAGCACUCACAUUCCCCCAUCCCAUCCAUUAUGUAGCAUGGUUGAGUAGCAGACACAAUGCCAUUGGAAGGCCAGUCCACACUUCUUACCUGUCAAAUUUUGUUUUUACACUUGUCUUCACUCUUGUUUUUUUCAUUUUUAUUUCAUUCUUUUUCUGGAAAACUGUAUCUUAACUGUGUCUUAUACUCAAGCUUACCCAAGUGUUCUCCUUGGGUGUGUCAUCAUAUCCUAGACUAGAAAACAUUGACACUUGCCACUCUGCAUGGGUCACCUCAGUUGCAGACAAAGCACUGUUCUAUUUCUACCACAGGCUUAACUCACUCUUUCCCUUUACAUCAUUGCCUGUUGCUCUGUUGCUUUUGAUCUCGCAUAUUCUUCUGCCAAUAACUUUUAUCUCAUCUGCUUUUUACAAUUUUGUGAAAGAAACUUUCAUAAGAUGUAACCCCUACUAAAUAAUAUUCUGGACAUUACCAAUACAUGGCUCUGAAACAUAUCCAAAAGGUACCACUGCCAGCUGUUAAGGGAAAUCCUCUUAAGUGCUUUGUAUGUUGCAAAGUAGAGACGUUAUCAUUCUGAAAGUGCAAUCCAAACGAGGGUCAAUGUUAUCUGUGCCCAUUAAAAAAAAAAAAAAAUUGAACAUGAUGUUCAAUGCAAUAUGAAGAUGGUGACAAUUCCUAUGAUACUAGUGAUGAAUACAUUUAAUGUCAACAGAACUAAAACUGUUGUGUUCAUUUGCAUGCACUGCAUGAUAAAUUAUGUUCAAGAAGAAGCUAACUGUAUCGCAGUACCUGUAAGAAAAGAAAAUAUUUUUUUCUUUCAAAAGCUUUUAAAGCUUUGUCAUUUUUAAUGCAUUUUGAGACAGCUUUAGAAGAGACUCAGUCAUAGCAGAGAUUUUUAUGUAGCCGCCAUUCUUUGCCUUUCCCCAAAUUCAUAUAUUGAUUUUCUUGUAUUCAUUUGACUGGGGCCUCCAACUAAAAUAGCGUGAUUUGACUUGAACAAUAUGUCAUAAAGCCAACUAAUGCUGUUAUGAGCAUAAAUAGUUUUAUACAGAUAUAUUUACUGGUAGUUAUUAGUUUUUAAACAGUAUCCGUAGUCUGCAGCAACUUCUAUUACUGCUGUGAUGCCUAAAUUAAGGCAAGGCUCAUGAAUUAUAAAACAACGGUGCCUUCAUACCUGGUGAGUCAAAGGAAAAGCAAGUAAUAAAUUGAAAUAUUACAUAAGUGCUCCCAGUGUAGCAUCAAAACACUUUAUAACGUUUAUACCAUGCUCAUAACAGUGUAACAAAAGCUUUAUUUUAUAGGGUGCACCUUGUACCUUUUGCACCACCCUCGUACUCUUAAUCACAGUAAAUUGGUUAUUAUUGUUACAUCAGCUAACACAUACUAGGAUCUAACCCUUAGGGGGAUACAGAGCUCCAAGCAGAAAAAAUAACUAACUUUAUAGUCCCCAUCUCAAAAAAAGUUUUGUAUGAUAAAGCACAAAUUAUUAAAGGGGACCAGGCAACUCUACAGAGCCAAAAUAUAUUGAGUUACUAGAAAUGUCACGAUGACCACGGCAGUAUGUAUGUCUAUUGAUUUAAAACAUCAAUACCGUUACUGUUAAAUGUAUUGAUGCUGUCCCAAUAAUUAUGCACAAUUUUUUCAGGGCACUUUAACAAAUGUUAUGUUGACCAAUCAGAAAAGGGUGAUUUCUAGAAGAAGAUAUAAGUAUAGCAACUCAUUUACGUUUUGUCUUUAUUCUGAAUGAGCAGAGUUUUACAUUUCGAGUCAUGUCUCUUGUGGUAAUUAAUGGACGUUAUAUAUUUAAGAAAAAAAAAACCUUGUGAAGAAUUGAUGUAGAGAUGCAGGUGAAUUAUAUGCUCAUGCAAAUCAAGUGAAAAAAAAAGUACAAUACGACACAGCAUGGGAUAGGGGUCUACUUGGGGGGAAAGGUAAAUGCAUGUAUUUUCCAUUUAUGCAACAGAAAAGUAUUAUAUAAUAUAUGUAAAUACAAGUCCUUGCAUGAAAUAAAUUUUAUACACAA